AUGACAUCUCUAUUCCUAUUGCAAAUACCAAUGCUCGUCAUGCUGUUUAUCAAUGUGGGCCUCUCAUUAGCUAUCUUUUAUGUAGCCAAAAGAUGGCUAAGCGUACUUGUUGCCUUGAUUUUAUCGGGCAUGCCACCUUUGCUACGUGUUUUGUAUGUGUUUUAUAAACGUCGAAAAUUUGAUAUUUUGGGAAUCCUCUUUGUCGCUUCCUUUACUAUUUCAGCCGUGGUAUCUGUCAUUUCAGGUGAUGCUCGUUUGGCUUUAUUGAGGGAUUCUGCAACGACAGGUAUUAUCAGCGUCUUGUUCUUCCUCACGCUGAUUCCUCCCCGUACACGAUGGUUUUAUAAUAGACCACUGGUGUUUUUAAUGUAUUCUCAAAUGACGGAAAACGUAGCACCAAAAAAAUGGACAGAUGAAGAGGGUGGUUUACAUUCUAUGAGCACGCAUGAAUGGGUGUGGGCCUAUUUUCCUCUCUUUCGAAUCUAUUGUUAUCUUCUCAGUGGGCUUUGGGGGUUUGUAUUGAUGGGUGAAUUCAUCUCGAAAGUGAUCAUGAUAGAAGCAACCCAAUUGGAUGUGGAUCGUAUCGUGUUGUAUGGCCAAAUCAUAGUGAUUGUGGUCACUGUGACGAUGACCGUGGGGACCGUGAUUGCUUCUAGGUUGAUGACAAAAAGAAUGGCCGUGGAGGCUGAGGAAUGGUUCAAACAGAAUGAUUAUAGCGAUAGACUCUCUAUUUUAUAA